AAUCUCCAAAACAAAAAAGGAAAAAAAAGGGGAAAGAAGAUGAGUUCCGUCAGUCACUGAGCAAUGGGUCCCAACCACGUGAUGUGCACGUGCUGGCACUGGAUGAAAUAGAAGAUUCUGUUCUCCACCCGUGUGAGGUUUGCAGGCUGCAGAAGAUCGAAGCUGCAGGGAAUGGCACAGUACCAGCAGCCGCGGAAAGCAGAUGGCAGCCCCAUGACCACGAGCGAAGCAAACCAAACCAGCGAGAUGUCGCAACCGGUUUUGCCUUUUGACGCGGCGGCAUUGGCUUUGUUUUGCUUUGCUUGUCCCCAGAUGUCGCAACUUGUUCCUGCCUAAAUGGAAAGUCAUCCACUUGCAAAUCCAUGACUGUACCUCAACAUCUUCCAUCGAUUGAUAAAUCGAGAAGGUUUGCAUAUGAAAAUGAGAUGUGUGUAGAUCUCAUUUAACAAAGCCUUUGUUCGUUGAAGGACAUUUCCUGCUACAUUUUUUACAGUAAUUUAUUGCUUUAAUGGAUGCGGAUGUGUUACCAUAAUAUUUUUUUGUAAGCCUCAUUUAGAUACUAAGUUAGUGUUUUUUACAUGAGUUGAACUAUAUUAAACAUUAUAUGGCAUUCAGAAAAAGAUUCGUCAACUGAUAAAUAUUUUUUAUCUAUAUCUAAUAAGUGGACAGUAGUCCCCAUGAAAUAUCUUUCCUAAGAAAUUUAGAAAUACAAAUUUAGCCUUGAAACCAUUGUAAGGGAGGUAAAAUUGAAUGAAAUUGUCAUCUAACUUGAGGAUAUGAGGAUGAUAUUUAGUAUACAAAACCUUCCGUUAGGGAACCUAUCACAAAGCUUAAAUAAAUUUAGUUUGGAUGUAAAAACGAGGAAACUAACGUGCCCAUAUAACAAGCAACUUCUCCAUUUGGCAGCAAAUUUGUUACGUUUUUUUAACAGAGAAGCGCAAUACCUUCCUUCAGGGCCACCUCGACGCCGCCGCCGCCGCCGUCGCAAACCAUAAUCCCCCCCCCCCCCCCCCCCUCCCCACCAACCCCCCUCUCUGCCGGCGAAGCCGGGGCGGGCGGCGGCGGCGAUUAUGGGGGAGUACGCAGCGGUGAAGACAUCGGUGUGGUGGGACAUCGAGAACUGCCAUGUCCCCCGCGGCUGCGACCCCCACCUCAUCGCCCAGAACAUGAGUUCCGCCCUCGCCGCCGCCGGCUACACCGGCCCCAUCACCAUCUCCGCCUACGGAGACACCAACUGCGUCCCAAACCACGUCCAGCACGCCCUCUCCAGCACCGGCAUCGCCCUCAACCACGUCCCCGCAGGCAUUAAAGAUGCAAGUGAUAAGAAGAUCUUAGUUGACAUGUUAAUCUGGGCUAUUGACAACCCUCCACCAGCAAAUUAUUUGCUAGUAUCAGGUGACCGGGACUUCUCGAAUGCCCUUCAUAAGCUAGUAAUGAGACGGUACAAUAUUCUACUAGCACAACCUCCAAAUGUGUCUCAAGCACUUACUGCUGCUGCAAAACAUGUUUGGCUAUGGAAAAGCCUUGUGGAUGGGGAACCACCAUUGACAGAGUCACCAUACAUAAGUAGCAUAGCAAAUGGUAGUGUGGAUCAUUCUGAUGCAUUGAAGAACAUGCUUUCAGAUUCUUCAGAUGCAACCCCACACAACAGUACACAAGUGCCAAAUAGCAUUCCGUUUGAUCAGCAAAAAGGUGGUAACGGAAAGGGAGAAAAACAAUAUAAAGUGAGGCAACCUCGGAAAAAACAGUCAGACAAUGUAUCUAAACCAACAAGGACUGAGGAAAACUCAGUCGGUGGAGUAUCUGAUAGUUCUAAAGGAAGCACUGCUAGCCAGCCAAAUCAAUCUCACAUGCCAUCAUCAUUACCGAGUUCUGAUUUGCAAGAUGGGACACAGGCGGAUCAGCUGAAUACACCAAAAAUUCAACCGUCUUCCCUGUCCAAAAAGCCUGUAAAAUCUGCUCUUUCUCAUCAAAAGAGUGCUCCUCAUGACUUUUAUCAUGGCAAGAAGCCUGGUGUGUCAACCGAGUCUUCGUCUAAAAAUGGCACUUCUGAUGUUAAUAGCCAUGGUCAUCCAAAGCAUCAGAAACCUCAAUCCUCUCAGCAACCAAGACCGCAAAAUCCAGUGAAUCAUCGUUCUCAUGGUGGAUCUGGCUCAAAUUCACAUAGAAGCAACUCAUGUCCAGCACCAGUUGGGCAUAAUGGUAUUCCUACUGCACCAUUGCAAUCCUGGCCAGGCGGCCCACCUUAUGGACCACCAAUCAAUUAUCCUGAUAUGAGUCAGAUGAAUAUUUCUGAAUACCCUAGAGGAAUUCAUAAUAACCAAGGUUUGAAUGUCAAUUACCAUCCAACCAAUCCUGGUGCCCCACAUAUGGUUCAGCCUGGUUACAAUGAUUAUAGUUACAGACCUCCAACUCAGCCUAACAUUCCUAGCAACAUGCAAAAUACUGGAUAUUGGGGAGCUAAUCCAGGAUGUCCACAGCCAUCUUCGGACCCUCAAGGUCUUGUUAGAUAUAUAUUAGGUGCUUUGGAAGUAUUGAAGACUGAGAAGAUUGCCCCAACAGAACAAAAUAUAGCAGAUUGUAUACAUUACGGGGAUACUAAUCUACCAAAUUUUGAUGUCAAGAAAGCUCUUCAGGUUGCUACGCAGCAUCAAGCUGUUGUCAUGAAAAAGUUAGGGAAAAUGCCAUUCUUUCUGGGGAAGAAUGAAAAUCUCUGGAAAUGUGUCAAUAUAAUGGAUGAUAAUGCAAAAUACCCAAAAGAAACUCUAGAUGAUGUUCAUACUUUCAUAUCUUCUGCCCAUGGCUAUUCUGGGAUAAAGAAUUCUCAAUCUAGGUAUCAAGCUGCUACUAUGUUGAAGAAAACAUGCCUGAAACAUCUUGCCCUUGCUGAAAUUCUUCAGGUUCUGAAUAUCAUUAUCAAUACAAAAAAGUGGUUUGUGCCCCAUUCUUCAGGGUGGCAGCCACUGUCCUUUAACAUAAUAGUGGCUGAUGCUACUACAGAUGCUAGUGGGAAAGCAUAGCAUCGGUACAUUUGUCUGCUCAUCAAAUGAGCACUUUGAGGUUCUGGUGGUUGGUGCAAACUGUGUCUGCAGAAGCUAAGUUACAUCUGCAUUUUGCCAGGUUUAGGGAUAUUAAGUAGUUCUACACAUAUCUUGGCAGGAUUGAAAUAGUAAGUAGUUUUAAGACUUGUUAUGUCUUAGAGGGAGUCAGUCUGUCAAUACAACAUCUGGCCUGUUAAAAGAACUUGUCAGUUAGCCUGGUUGCAGGUAGUCUUAUGGGUGAUAGUUGCUGUGGUAAGAUGAUUCUGCAAUCGACUAUAAAGCGGUUCGGAAGGACUAUCACCUUUUGUUCAGGCAGUACAUCGGUGCCUGAUGCUGGUGGUUAUAAUGUGCUCUCUUUGUACCUAGAUGGUUUAGAAGGCAUCCUCAAAAUCUGAGUUGAUUUCAAGGAAAUAUUCCAUAGUACAUUCAUUGCUGCUGCUAUGAAGCUACUCAAUGAAGUCUUGAAUUAUCAUAUUGAAGCCCCCCUUUUCUGCAUAUACUCACUGCAACGAACAUGGAUAGAUGGAUCAUGUGAAGUUGAGUGAAUCCGGAUGGCUUUGGAUGAUUGAUCCUAUCUGGAUUUCUACUUUUGCUGCAUGGUAGCGGAGUUUGAAAUGCAAACAAACUGCAUUCAAGACACUCAUGCUAUUUGCUGGAAGUAUACCUAUCGGUGGCUUCCUUUGUUGGGGAAAGGUUUGGAGUAAAUGUGAGUGCCUUUCAGCAUCUUUUGUUCGCUUCUUCCAACCUUGGGUGGAAUCUAUAUUGUAAUGCUGACAGUUCACAAAACUGUGGUGUUACUUGUAAAUCUCAUUCUGGUUGCUGAUUCUGCUCAGCGCUUUGGUUGCCAUGUUGCUUGGGUGUAAUGGUUGCUCAUUUUUGUAAUGCUUUGAUCACGAUGUUACUGGAGAUAUUACUGCUGUUGCACAUAUGAUCCUUUUUUGCAAUAAAUAACUCCCUGCAACGCAGAAUCACUA